GAUGUCAGAGUGGUUCCAGCCUUGAAGAAAAGUUUGAUUUCUGUCAGGCAAUUGGACGAACAGGGACACGAGGUGAAGUUCAGAGAUGGGCAGUGGAAGGUUGUGAAGGGAAAUCUUGUCAUGGCCCGCGGAAGGAAGAGUGGUUCGUUGUAUAUGGUCGAGUUACCAUUUGAGGGAGUGACCGCCCCGGUUCAGAAGAGAAACAAAGUCCGGUUCACAGAGUCUCGUGGGCAGAAUAAGGUUGUCUAUGCAAGAGAGAAACCUAGAGCCACAGGUCAGACUCAGGAUGAACGAGCGUGGAAAGGUUCAAGGGGGCCAUUCAGAGGUAUUUAUGGCAGUGGGAGCUCAAGAGGCGCUUCAGCCAAGUUGCCUAGAAGACAGUGGGUCAGGAGAACCAGUAUUCCAGCUGUUGGAACAUCUCUAGAAAUUUUCUUGCUGAGUAUGGAGAGUGUUUGUUCUCAGUAUGUUCUAGGAUCCGGCAGUGUGCGUCUGCAGUGGGAGCCGGUAGGGACCGAGGACGAGUCAGGGACAGAUUUUGCCGUGACUGAUGUGUUGGAGCUUGGGAGAGCUUCAACGGGCCUUUCAGUUGUCUGAUGAUAGGGCCGCUGUAACAGGAGAGCUGAGGAAGAUUACUCGAUGUACAGG